GACGCUGUGAUAAAUGAAUUGAAAAAUAAAACAAGACUGGUUCAAGAGAAGAAAUUGCUGCAGCAGGAUGAAGUUUAUAAUGGUGCUCUAGAAGAUAUUCUUCUUGGGCUUAGAUCGGAACCAUACCGACGAGCAGAUGCAGUUAGACGCAGUCAACGCAGACGUAUUGAUAAUCAUAGACUUUCUCGCACUGCCGAAGAACUAGAACUCUAAAUUAUGUUUCUACUCAGUGUUUUUUAUUUUAAAAGGAAAAGCAGUUUUGUUUAUUUAUUUAUUUUUUUUUUUUGUAAGAAAUAAAUUUUACUGCAUUUUCGCGUUAAUAUACGCAAUAUUCGUAAAACUCUUUCAGAAAGAAACAUUUUUUGUUUAUUUUAAUUCAAUAUUUAUAACUUUAUACACUAAAGUUAAAACAUAAUGUGACUUGAACGUUCGAAAAAAUGUUCAUAUAUCACAAUAUUUAAAAAAUUAUUUAAAAUAUUCAAAAAUUGAAAUUUCAUGUGAUAAAUUAUUAUAAAUUACUAAAAAUGAAAGAGUCGUAUUGAGCCAAAUUUAUAAUAAUAGAUAUACAAUAAUAUCCUGUCAAUAUUGAAAAAAAAAAAUUAUUGAUUUUUUACUGAAAUGAUUUAUCGCCUGUUUGUUUUAAGUAGCGAUAUCUUUGUUUUUCUUAAAUAUGUAUUUAUAAAAUUUUCUUGGAUUUCUAGGAACAAUUAGAAGACAUUAUGAUAAAAUUGAUAUUAACAGGAUAUUACUGUAGCACGAUAGAAAUGUAGAUAAAUGAUGAUAAUUUAAAACAAAUAUUGAAUUGGAUUAAAUUUUUACAUAUAAGUCAUUUAUACGGUGCUAUAAAUUCAAGAUAUAAUAUCAAGAUCCAAACCAAAAUUAAAUUUAAAAUAUCAAUUAUUUUCACAUUAUUAACAAACAGUAGCAAUACAUUAAUAUUCUUCUGUUUGUUGAAUACGUAUUCUUUGUGUUGUACAAAUUUAGUAAAUGUAACUAUGAGAUACGUUUACUAAAGAAUAUUAUAGUAAAGAAAUGCGUUUGUGUGCACAAAUUGUAUGAUUAUUUUUUCAUUGUUUUUUUAUAAAUACUAUUUUUAACUAAUUAAAAAAAUUGUUUCCAUUUAA